AUAAAGUAGUCCACAGAUGGACUAAUGUUUGUCCCUAACAAAGCUGCUGCUCAGCAGGGAUGGCUCCUGGGCCAGCGGUGACAAGAGGCUGGGUGCUGUUCACACUGCAGCUGCUCGUGAAGGGCAAAUGGACCCCCAUGGAAGGGUCAAGAAUCAGACCAAAUUUAUCUGUUCCCACUUGGCAAAAUAUUGUUGAUGGUAGUCAUAAUGAAACUUCAAUUAGUGGUGAUACUGAAAUCACCAAUACUAGAAUAGUGAGUAGCUCUUGAAAGAGAAAGAUUUCUAGUAUGGUCUUUGAUGGGAGAGUGGCUGUGGGAUGGAAAUAUUCAAUCCCAUCUUACACUGUUUCCCAUCUCCAGGUGUUUUGCCAUCAUCAGUGGAAGGGACUGGAACUGGUAACACCUUAUCUUGCUUUGGUAGUUGGCAUAUUCCUCUUCUUCACAGCCUUAAAUGCUUCAUGCUUUUCCCACUUGAUAACCCAUGGUUUGGUGCCUCUCCAAUAUUGGAUUAAAUAAUGAAACUAGUAAGGAAGUACAUAGUAAAUAUUACAGGUAAAAAUGCAAUCCUUUUUCUAAACCAACAUUAGUGUUUAUUAACUACGAACUCAGACACAAGUGUAUUGAGUUAUGAUAUUUCAUCAGGCCCAAUAAAGAUCAUGUUGGAAGAAGAAUGAGGACUCUGUCUACCAGAAAUCAUGGUUUCCACUUUCUCACAGGGCUCAAAGCUUGCUGGAACAUAUAAAUCAUGGAAUAAUAGAAUAUGCUGGGUUGGAAGAGACCUGCAAUGGAUUUGUUUAGUGGUGGAUUUGAUUUUAAGCUCCAGUAAUAUGCAAAUUAGUUGGAAGAAAAGUUAUUGAUGGAGUUGGUGAGCCAACAUUAGAAGUGGAAAUAUAUUGUACAGUUAAAAACUAUGAGAAGAGGAUUUGUUCCAGUGUAAUGGCUACUCACUCUCAAAUACCUGAAAAUGCUUUACCUGAAAUAAUUGAAGCUGAUGAGAGAGAAAGAAAUGAGUCUGUUUAUACUGCUGUGGAAUGGGUCUGUGACUCACUGAACACAAUCUUAAGGGACUUGGACCCUACUGACCAGUGUCAAGCUGAUAAGAUGCUUGGUGAGUACUUUGCAGAGAAGGUAGAAGAAAGAAAGGAAAUUGAAAGGCAAGAAAAAGAAAUGAGAGAGGAAGAAGAAUCAGCAAAAGUCACUACUUCCCCUGCUUCAGGCCAUUCAGCCGCGACGCCUAAGCAAAAAAAGGGACGAAAAUCAGGAAAGAAGGUGUCAGAGGACACUCCCAUCCCGCCUGCAGAGCCUGCUGAGCCCGUGCUGUGUGGCAGCUUGGCCAUUGGGGGAGCAUCACUUGCCAUAGCCAAGGCUGGGGCCACCAUCAGCCGUGUCCCUUUGUACCUGUACACUGCACUGCUGAAACACAAGGAGACACCUAAAGAAAUUACUUUACCACUCCCAAUGGUUACUGUGUUGUACUGUGAAAAGAAUUCACCUACAAAACUGAAAUUAGUCAAAGAAGUUAUGCUUAUACCACCAGUUGAGUUAUUACUCCAUCAGGGCAUAGAAAUAGUUCUGGAAAUUCAGAAAGAAAUUACAAGAAAGAUGGAGUCUCCAGGCAAAACGCCUGCUUCACGAGCAGAGAGUAGGAGAGGAAGAGGGCACAAAGCUCAGCCAGGACCCUUAAAAAGAAUUUCACACUUAGGCUGCCUGAUAACAGGAUAUGAUAGUCUGGAACAACUGCUACUGCAAGUGCAAGCAGCUUGCAACAGUUUAGGUCUGGAGCUGGGAACAGACCUGUACUUAGCAAUAAAUUGUGCUGCUCAUGAAUUAAUGGAUUAUGAUAAAGGGAAAUACGAAAUACUCACCGGAACAUUCAAAAGUCCUGAUGAAAUGGUUGCCAUGUAUGUGGAAAUGAUUAAGAAUUUUCCUUUUAUUACUGCAUUAAUAGAUCCCUUAAGAAAAGAGGACAGAGACCAGUGGAGCAGCAUCUGUCGUGCCCUUGGUUCCAAAUGCUUCCUGAUUGCUGAAGAUGCUGCCACACAAAUUUCCAAACUCAAAACUGACCAAAACAUAAACAUAGCAAUGUGCAGUGGUGUUGUCCUGAAAUACAUUAACCAGACCACGGUGUCAGAGCUCAUAGAACUGACUGCAAUUCUGGAUGGUCAAAGACAUAUUUCCAUAUUAGGAAGUCCAGAUAGAGAAUCUUCAGAUGAGAGCCUCGUGGAUCUGGCUGUGGGCCUGGGUGCCAGGUUCCUCAAGUUGGGAGGUCUGUCCCGCGGAGAAAGGGUGGCCAAAUACAACCGGCUGCUGGCUAUAGAGGAGGAACUGGCCGCGAAUGGAGCGCUGCGUACGAGCUUCUUUCUUACUUUGUUUUCAGGCUGCCAUGAAUACGGGCACAAAGAUUGGAGGGAGAAUGAUUGAAACCGCACCCCAGGAGGGAAGCGGAAUCAAAAGGCUAUAAAUAAGGGCUGACAAAAAAAGCCUAGGAUAGCACUUGCCACAAUGUAUAUUGUUGUCCUAAUGGAUUAUCUGUUUACUGAAUGUUAAAAUAGACCCCUUCUUGAGGAGUAGCCUACAUUAAGCUUUUUUUCCCCCAGAAUUAAUUGGUUGGAGUCUUGAAGCCCACGGUGCAAAAAGGAACAAAACAAAAAACCGUGCAUAUAAUGUGUCGAAAAGCUGCCAAAAUGGAAUUUUAGGCCAAAUACCCCACCUCCCUCGAGGCCCGAAACAUAUAUUGCUAACAAAACUUCACUUCACAACCCUCUUUUGUACGUUACAUUUCCAGCAAAAUGUGUUUGGAAAGCUACAAUUGCGUGGGUAAGCCUCAAAUAAAACCCAAGAAAACCCCAAGUUGACGAUGCACAUUCAGCCUUAGCCACUUGUAUGCAUCUGCCUGCCUGUUUCAGGACCUGCAUCUUCUUUUUACACUGUACCAAGGCACUGUUAAAUGCUUAGCAGUUCAUUAGAGCCACUUCUCAACUUGCCCAGGUAUCAAUCAAGCCAGAAUAAAGACAUGCAGUCUAAAGGGGAGGCAGGGAGACAAGGAGAGGAAGAAUGGAAGGAAAGGGUUUGCAGGAAUUGUAUUAUGCCUAAGAAAAGGAAACACGAAGCAGAAUUAAGUCAUUUUACCCUCUUGUUUGUAAUAAUUUCCAGUGUUCUACACAUAGGGUAGCAGCACUUGACGUGCACGCUAUAGAACAAAGUUUUUACUUGAAAUUCUUUUUUUAAUUGAAAAUAUGUUGAGCUUUCUGAAAACUCCCCCUUGCUCAUAAAUAAGCAUUGUAAAAACAGAAACUUUUUUUUUUCUUUUGCUAAUAGUUUCACAGAGUGCACUUUUCAAAGAUAAGAUAGGUAAUUACAGAACUAUGAAUUUUAACUGCAUCAGCAGUAUUAAUAUAUUGCCUCCUCAAACAGUGUAGGCCAUGUAGACCAUGGCCUGGUCCUGUACCCACAGUGUUCUUCCUUUCUAAGGAAGGACCAGACUUCUGAAGGUGUGUCCAGCCCUGUAAGCAUCAUGGGGCAUUUCCAAAAGAACAUCACAACAAACCCCAUUACAGCAAACAUGAGCUGCCUGUUUCUUUUUCUUCUAUUUCAGGUAAACCAAAACUUGAAUUUGUUGAUUUUGCUGAAGAAAAGCCAGCAACAACUUCCUGAUGUGCUUCCUGCCCCACAGAAGGUUUAGCUGCCUCCACAGCUCUCAGCCAGCCCUGCAGAUUCACAGCCGCCUGCUCAGCUCCCAGAGAACAGCACACUAACCUAGGCUGUCAACACUUACUUUGGGAUACAUUUCUAAGAAAAAACAUUUGCUAAGAAACUUAUAUAUUAACUAUUUCUAAAUCCAUUUAAUUUUGAGCAGUUCAGCCAGAUAGCUCUAAAAGAUUUCAAAUACUGGCUUCUCUUUUCCCAGGAACCAUUGCCUUCAGCUGAAACCAAAUUAACUGAGCAGUGACUGUAGUCACUGAAAACACCACAAAAUUCUGUGCUGCAUUUACAAAUUGACAAAACAAAUACCGCUGUGUUAAGUAACUAAAUGUUUGUUUUGAGAAAAUCAGAAUCUCCCUCCAUACAAAGAGCAAGCUGUUGACAAACAGUAAAAAAACCCCAAACACAAACAGAACACCACAUUUUACAGAAAAACAAAGGCCUUGAGUGUUCUGCUGCUCCAUCCUCCCCACCCCCUCAGUGCUGCUCUGAGAUCCAGCCUGCAAAGAAGAUUUUGCUCCACUUGCAGCCCUCAAGACAAGUGCAAACCCCAAAUGCUGGGCACAGAGCUGGGACUGGCAUCAGUAGGAAGCCUGCUCCAGUUGGCAGCAGUGAGUAACAAGUCAAUUCCACAAGGUCUGGGAAACUUGUCAGGAGUCUUUUUAAUAAGCAACAAUGAAAAGUUAAAGAAAUAAUUUAUGUUCUAGGUAACAAAACAGUUUAAGUAAAAGAAAUGCUUCUUGAAAAACUUCUUGGUUUUGCAUAAUUUGAAAAUCUGAACAUAUAAUACAGCAGCAAUAAUUUGAGGAAAAAAUACAUAUAUGAAAUUUUGCAUUUUAAGUUCAGUGUAACAGACAACUAAGUAAAAAAUUAACCAGAACCAACUGCCCCCAAGAAAUGAAAAUAUCAGUGAGAGACAAAUUCCUGCAAGUUUAUGAACUGUAUGUAAUUCAGUCAUUAGAUCAAGUCCAAGAUUUUCGUAGCAAACAUGCAAAAACCACCAAAAUAGAUGUGAAACCACCACACUCAUUACUAUCAUUUUAUUUUUAGGAAAAGCACCAGACAGUUGCAUGCAGAGCCAAACCAACAAACUCAGAACAUUCAUCCUUUCAAUACUAUCACUGUUUCAAAUAAUUAAAUAAAAAAGAAUCCAAGUGCAUUCAAGUACGUGCCCACCCAAUUUCAGUUACACCAAUCUUUAGGUAAAUCCCUGAUUCCAUUUGUUCAUUAUAAAAGAAUGAGAUACUGUGCUGAAUUU